AUGACCCCAAAAUCCCAAAGAGGUGUGAAUUGGAGAUCAGAAGAAGAUGAGGCAUUAUGUAAAGGGUGGGUUUAUGUAUCUGAAGAUGUGGUGAUUGGCAUCAACCAAGCAAUCGAUACAUUUUGGGUUCGUGUAUACCAAAUUUUUUUGGAGAAUGAUCUGGGCAUGGUUGGACCAGAGUGUCGAACUCCAUAG